AUUUUUUUAAAGUUGCGUAUCCCAAAGAAAAGAAAAAGAGCAUUUUGGGGGAAUGAACUGAACACCACCAUGAGCCCAUGAAACGUUGAUUCAAUUCAAUUUGUUCAAUUCAUGUGUCGUGCAGCAAAUCCAAAUCCAAAUCCUAACGAAUCAAUAUACGUGUUCGUAGCAUAGCAUAGUACCGUUAGAUUAAAUACUCUCCCUCUACUGUGUUGCUUCUAAGUUCUAACCAACCACUUCCUCACCAAAACCCUCAAACCUAACUCACUCGAUCCCUUUCUGUCCAAUCUUAGUUUCUUCCAUGGAUUAGAGAUUUUGAGCUGCAUCAUUUGAAUUAAUUAGGUUGAUUUGAUCACAGAAAUAGGGAGUGAAAGCCACUAUGCAGGCGAGACAACGGAGUCCGCGAGGGUUUUACGCGUCGGAGUACCGCCAGCAGCGUGACGGGGGGCUGGGAAGAGGCCGGAGAGGCGGAGGUGCCUGUGGCAGCGACAUUUUCGUCGAGGCAGGGCGACUCGCGGCAGAGUAUUUGGUCUCCCAGGGGCAGCUGCCGCCCAACGCGCUGCCGCCGCCCAAGUGGCAGAACCACAAGACUCCGGCAGAGGGCGGGCGGCAGUCGGCGCUGGCGCGGCUCGGGAGUGCUGACGGGAGGAGGAAAUUGGGUGGGUUUGAUGAGUUCGGGCAGAAGGGGGGGAGGAGGAGGGGGAGUUUCAGCAGGAGCAAUGGGAUGGAUUGGGGGAGAGAGUAUAGGAGGAACGGUUCUUGGUCUGAUAGGUUUCGCGGAGGUGCCGUGGAUGUUAGGGAUGGUGAGGAUGAUGAUUAUGAGAGUGGUGGAUUUAGUGUUAGACACCAGGAUGAGGAGGAUCAGCACCAGUACCAGCAGCAGCAGCAUCAGAAUAGUGUUGAUGAUGCUUCCAUGAAAUCAAAUUCGAAUUUGAAUGAAUUUGCGCCGAGGAGUGAGGAUGGUGGUGAUUUGAAUGAUAAGGAUGGGGAUAAGGAGAGGGUGAAUGCUGAAUUGAUGGGGGUGAAGCAGAGUGGUAUAGGGAAAGAUGUGAGUGAUGUGGAUAUGGAGGUUGGUGUUGGAAAUGAUUUGGAGAGUGUGAGCGUUGGGGUUAAGGAGGUGAAGGAUGGGAGUGGUGGCGAUGAUGAUAGUGAGAGAUUGAGGAAUGUGUCUGAUCAGUGGAGUGAUCAGGAGAAUAGUAGCUCUGGCGGGGUUGUUGCUGAUUUGGUUUCUUUGUGCAAGUCUGUUAAGGUGCCCACCAGGACGCGCUCUUCGGUUACGCGCAAGAAUUUGAAGGCUGGGAAUAAUGGAGAUAGGAGUGGGACUGCACAAGAUGUUGGGGAUCUUCAAGGAGCUGAGGAAGUGGUGCCUGAAAAUGAGUCUGUUAAAGGCUCCUCAUCGGGUGAUUUGCUAGGUGAGAAAAGUUAUGAUAUAGUAUAUGUUGACGUAGAUGUUGCCGAGGUAGAACCUGUUCAUGCUACUGAGGAUGUGAAAGAAUUAGAUGCUGUGUGUAAAGCCGAGGAAGUUCUAUCUUUAGGAUGCCAAUCUGGUCAGGAUAGAGGUUUUAUGCAGGAUACCAACCAAGAGUCUGGUGCUACACUACCGGGGUAUGGAGGUUGCAGUUCCUUGGCUGAGGAACACGGUGAAAAACGUGUUGCCGAAAAUGAUGAUGAUGUGAGGGAGGACAACAAGAAGCUGAGAGAAUGGGUGCCUUCCCUUGUUCCUAAGACUGGGGGUGGGGGGUACUUUCUGCAUAGUAACCCAAUUGAAGUGAAAGAGAGCUCAGGAGAAGAUGAAAUUUCACAUAUUGACAAAGUGACUAUAGCUUCUGAUCAGGGGAGACUGAUGAGUAGUGGUUCUCAGUUCACAGAAGGAGAUAGACCCUUUCUUCAAUGUUCAGAGGAGAAGCCUUCUUUGCCGAGUUCGUUUAGAACUUGUGAUCUGAAUCUCAUUGAAGCGUCUGAAGUGCAUGAAAAUCAUGUUGAUCAUCCAGUUCUGCUGUACCCCCCUGCAGUUUCUGAAACAAAGAAAGCUGUGCCAAUUGACAUAGAUCUGACCAUGAGUCAUGCUAGUGUAUCAGGGAAAUUCAAUACUCAUGCAACAAAUGGCAAAGAGAUUGAAGUAAUUGAUUUAGAAAAUGAUGAUUCCAUUCAAGAAGAGAAGUCAAUCAACAGUAUGGAUAGAAAGACAGAGACUAUGUUUCCUGGCCUUGAAGGUUUUUCCAACCAUGCUCAAAAUGCUGCUGACAUGCAUGAUGUUCAGGAUGGAUAUGGGCUUAUGAUAUCAGAGUUGCUUGGGCCAGAUUUCCCUAACUGUACUUCAGUACCUGGUGACAUAAACUCUGUGCACAAUGAAAUGAGCCUUCAUGGUGGAACGGGGACACUUGCUGAGGAUGAUUCCAUAUAUAUGUCACUUGGAGAACUAAGUAUGCCAGAUUUUUAUUAAUGGCUUUUUGCGGCCAUGGGAGCAACCUCCAUCGCAGGAUUAUCAGAAACACUUUUGAUCUGUGAUCACUCAGAACUCUCAGGAGACAUUAUGUAGUGGUAUGUUUAGUCACUAGCUUUAUACAAAAAUGAAAUGCUGCUUUUUAUUUUUAUUUUUUUUUCAUUUUCAUAAAUUGUCUCCUGUUAGGAAUUAUGUAUUAUGUAAGCUGAAUUUUAUGUUGUCUCAUGGUCUCCUCUCUCUUUUUAAUGCCUCUGCGUCACUACUAGGGUCAUUAGAGGAGAAUUGUGUAUCCCAUUGUAACACAUUUGCUUAUGUAUUUGGCCAUUAUUUACCAGAAUGGCUUUCAAUUGACAUUCUUGCAUAAAUUAGAAUUAACUUCUGCAUUUUUUUUUUAA